UGCAUAUCAAACGCUUCAAAAGUCACACCGUCUCGCAACCCCUCAACGGAAAUGGCACAAACCCCGUCCUACAGUCCCCUAACCACAAGUGAUUAUCAUCACCCUGCCGCAUCUUCUUGCGAGGAGCCUUUAUUAUGGGACCCUCAGCUCGUCGACCCAUUGAUCUUCUACAGCAUGGAUCUGCCCACCAUCUCCCUCAUGCCACCUGUGUUAAUCGACUCCACAAUUUCUGAUACUGAUUCAUUCGACCAUCUUGGCGCUCUUCCGUGCAAUCCCAUCAUUUCCGUCCAUACACAUGCGAGCUCUAGCCUUCCAUUAUGUGCGACCGCUACAGCUACCCAACAAGGCACCAAGCGAUCGCGAGACCAUACAUCCACCGAAGAGUCAACGGGGAGCGAGACGUUCUCCGCUCCAGACAUGGAGGAGGAGCGUCUCCAGGAAAAACGGCGUCGCAAUAAGAUGGCUUCGCGAAGGCUCCGGCAGCGGCAAGUCGAACAUGUCAGUGAGUUGGAGUCGCGACUGAAUCAGGUCACUGAGGAGCGCGAUGGUCUGCGAUUGCAGCUCGCCAAGUGGGAGGCGGAAGUCGCGGUGCUUCGGAGUCUGGUCGGACAGCAGAUUACUUGAUGCGUAUGGGUGAUGGGAACGUUCUUGCCACAGACUUAUUCGAG